AUCCCUGCAUAGCCUCGGUCUGCGACUGCGCAGAGCGCGCCCGGAUACCGUGUCUGAUCACGUGACUGCCCCUGGCCGACCAAGAUGGUGGCGUCCUGUGUGGCUUUCCUGCUGCUGUCUCUGUUUCUACCGCUACUGCUGCUGGGCUGGUGGAAGCGCUGGCAUCGUGGGCUCGCGGCUCGGCACGUGGUGGUCGUGGUGUUGGGCGACGUGGGCCGCAGCCCCCGUAUGCAGUACCACGCGCUGUCCUUGGUUAAGUCGGGGUUCUCCGUGACCCUUCUGGGGUUCUGCAACUCCAAACCCCACAGUGAGCUCUUGGAGAGUGACAAAAUUCAGGUCGUGAAACUGACAGAACUUCAGGGUCUUGCAGUUGGGCCCCGGGUUCUCCGAUAUGGGGUCAAAGUUGUGUUUCAAGCAGUGUACUUGCUCUGGAAGUUGAUGUGGAGGGAGCCAGCAGCCUACAUCUUUCUCCAGAAUCCCCCAGGCCUGCCGAGCAUUUCUGUCUGCUGGCUGGUGGGCUGCCUGUGUGGGAGCAAACUGGUCAUCGACUGGCACAACUACGGUUACUCCAUCAUGGCCCUGGUGCAUGGCGCUACACACCCGAUUGUCCUGCUGGCCAAGUGGUAUGAGAAAUUCUUCGGGCGGUUGUCCCACCUGAACCUAUGUGUGACCAAUGCUAUGCGGGAGGACCUGGCGGAGAACUGGUGCAUCAGGGCUGUGACUGUCUAUGACAAGCCAGCAUCUUUCUUUAAGGAGACGCCCCUGGACCUGCAGCAUGAGCUCUUCAUGAAGCUGGGUCGCACCCAUUCUCUGUUUAUGGGCUGCUCGGAACCCUCAGACCCAGCCACAGAGAGGUCAGCCUUCACGGAGAAGGAUGCUCAGACCAGGCUGGUGACGCAUCUUUGCGGGCGGCCAGCGCUGCUGGUCAGCAGCACGAGCUGGACAGAGGAUGAGGACUUCUCUAUCCUGCUGGCGGCAUUGGAAAAGUUUGAACAAUGGGCAUCCGACGGAGACAGCCUUCCUUCUUUAGUCUGUGUGAUAACAGGCAAAGGGCCUCUGAAGGAACAUUACAUCCGCCUCAUCAGCCAGAAGCAUUUCCAGCGCAUCCAGGUCUGCACACCAUGGCUGGAGGCUGAGGACUACCCCCUGCUUCUAGGCUCAGCGGACCUGGGGGUCUGUCUGCACAAGUCCUCCAGCGGCCUGGACCUGCCCAUGAAGGUGGUGGACAUGUUCGGGUGCUGCUUGCCUGUGUGUGCUGUGAACUUCAAAUGUUUACAUGAGCUAGUGAAGCAUGGAGAAAAUGGCCUGGUCUUUGAGGACGCAGAGGAACUGGCGUCUCAGCUGCAGAUGCUUUUAUCCAAGUUUCCUGAUCCUGCUGGCAAACUAAACCAGCUCCGGAAGAAUCUACGGGAGUCAGAGCAGCUUCGAUGGCAUGAGAGCUGGCAGCGGACUGUGCUCCCCUUGGUUAUGGACUCAUGAGCCCACCUGUGACCAAAGCCCCCGAGUGGGUUGUGCUGGUGGUAGAGGAGUAGCCCCAUCUUGUCCAUCCCAAAGAUGCAAAGUUCUCCCCACGUAUCCCCACCGGGAGCCACCCCCGUCCUCUGCUUUUGAGCAGGACACCCUGCAAUGGCCAGAAGCCAAAAGGACAGCAGUGGGGGCUGCCUGGGGAAUGACCAGGAGACUGGUCCAUUGUGGUCUCUAGGCUCUGAAUCACUCCUUUCUUCUGUACCGGGCAUAUUACUUUUUUGUUACUUCUUAUGACCCCACCAGCUUCUCUUUGUGCCUGGCUUUUUGUCUUUUCUCCCAGCUGUGUUGAGCUCUUUCAGCCCCAAUGCCUGCCUGGAAAUGGCCAUGCUGCUCUAAGCCAGCCAGACAUGACGCGUUAUGGUGUCUUGGCUUAGUGAGGGGCUCAUUGCUCAGGCUGGGGAAUCAUACUUGAUAAAUAUGUUUAUUUGGACAAACAAAAUACCUGCCUUUGAGCCAAA